AUGCUGGAUCUCACCAGCCAGGCCGUGUGUUCUUUGCCUCGGAUCCUGUGGUUUUUGCGGGCUCCUGCAGGCUUUCACCACGCCGCCUCCACUCCUGCCCUGGACGAUCUGAUCGCCCUGGGCCCGGCGACGCCGCAGGGGCCCUCGAGCUCCAGCUUCGGCGUGGGGCUGCGCAUCUCGAGGAUUUGUGGGGCGAGGUCCCGGGCGAAGAGCGCCCCGGCAGUGGCGACGCCGGAUGCAGGUGCCGGUCAGAACCUCCUGGCUUUCGCAGACUUCAGCAGCAUGCCGCAGCAGGCCCAGCCGAUGCCUGCCACAUCGACUGCAGGAUUCUCUGCACCUGCAGCUCCCUUGGCUGCGCCCGGCUUCGCGGACUUCGGCUCUGCGCCAACCUUUGACGCCUUCGCGCCAGCGCCGGCUCAUGGAAAGGCAGCCGCGCCCGCGGCUCCGCGGCCGGCCUCCGGGCCUUCGGCAGACUUGCUUGACUUGCUGUGA